AUGGUGGACGCCCUGGAUGUUAUGCAAUCUCAGUUCUACGAGCUAUGGAUCGGGACAUGGCCUUCAUCAAUCGAUUGGACCGGUGCUGUGAUCAACACUGCUGUUUCUUCCACGGUCAAAAGCAUUGCCCGAGCAAGCAGCAAAACUAAAGAUGAUCACUUCUCGAAGAUGAUCAACAAGUACUUCUCCCACAACGCAGCCUACUACUUUGGAGAAGACUCCUUCAGCAUCCGCAAUGAAGCCUACGAUGAUAUCCUAUGGACGGUUUUGGAGUGGCUUGAGAACAUAAAGACGAUCGAAUAUCGCAACAGUACAGACCCAGCAUGGCAUGGUGUCCAAUUCAUUCCUGCCUUCAGUCACCGUGCGCGAUUAUUCUGGGAUCUUGCUUCCCAAGGCUGGGACAAUGAUCUCUGCGGAGGUGGCAUGCUUUGGAAUCCCAGACUUCUGCCAUACAAGAACACGAUCACGAAUCAACUGUUCAUUUCAGCUUCAGUCGCUAUGUAUCUUUCUUCUCCUGGCGAUGCUAUCGAUUUUCCCUUCUUGGCUUCUGACCCACACACGUUUGGUUCCAUGCCAGGACGGCCACAUGAUCAAAAGUACCUUAAAGCUGCUAUCGAGGGUUACUCUUGGCUUGAGCAGAGCAACAUGACCAACACCAAUGGCCUUUACGUUGACGGCUACCACAUCAAAGGCUACAACAUGAAAAACGGAAGCGUCGGCACAGGAAAAUGCGACGAGCGUAAUGAAAUGGUAUACACCUAUAACCAAGGUGUGAUCCUAUCCGGCCAGCGAGGUCUCUGGGAAGCAACUGGAAACACUGGCUACUUGGAUGACGGGUACAGCCUGAUACGCAACGUUAUGGCAUCCACAGGCUGGUCCUGGUCUGGAGAGUCACACUCGCCAGUCCACAAAUCAAGCGGCUGGGCUGGACUGGGCCAACAUGGAAUUCUAGAGGAGUUAUGCGAUCGCAGCGGCACAUGUAGUCAAGAUUCUCAGACUUUCAAGGGCAUCUUCUUCCAACACUUGACACAAUUUUGCGAAGCAUUGCCACUGAACGCAACCAUCCCUGGCCAGACGCAUGUAGCAAGCAAGCAGCUCAGAGAGAGGCACGACGAAUUCUGCAAAACGGUGGGUCAGUGGGUCGCACACAAUGCGGAAGCUGCACUGAGUACGAAGAAUGCAUCUGGUCUUUUUGGCAUGUGGUGGGGUCAUGAUUAUGCCGCCGCGGACUACCCAGAGAAUCUCCCUACCCACGCCAUCGACUAUCGAAACGAUGCAUCCGUUUUGUCAACAGUAGAGUGGGCAUUAUCGCAACAUUCACGCUCGAUGGACGAUACAGGCGUUCAUGCAGAGGUGAGCAGUGAGAAUCUCGUGACGAGAGAUGUCAAUGAUCGUGGCAGAGGCCGUACGGUCGAGACGCAACAAGGAGGUCUUGCUGUCCUCAGGUCAUCUUGGGAGUUCUUAGACACAUGA